UCGACCCAUCGAUAGGGGAGUAUUCGGUUCAAUUCGGUUGGACGGUCAGCUGUGCUUGAGUUUUACCGAUGAUCAGUGUCAUUGAUAAUAAGUCGAUGUUUGUGCUUAAUGACAAUCGGAUCCACAAGGAAUGACAGAAGGCACAAGUAAUAUAUUUAAAAGUGAAUUAGAAAUUAGAUAUGUGUUGUGUAACUCUGGCUGUGUUGAUUUUGAAAGAGAAGUAAGUUCCCUCUUGCAAGUUCUAAUGGUCUUGGAUAUAUCCCAGUGUCAGCUGAGAGAGCACAGAUUGUGUCUAAAGAAGACACUGAUGUCAAUAAAUUGACUGAAAAAGAAACCAAUAUGACAGAAAGUCUAGUCAAUGAGUGGCUUGCAGACUGUGCAGAUCUUUCUGCAACAGAGUUGCGUACAUUGGCCAGCAGUGUCACGCAAGAUAAUGAAAUCAUUAGGGCACUGUAUGUUCUGUUAGAGGAACGCAGUAAAUAUAGCCAGCUUGUUGAUACAGUUUGCAAUCAAUUAUUUGGGUUUUACCGGUCUAGAGAGAUUGAAUUACAGAGGUUUACAUUACAGUUUCUCCCUACUCUCAUCUAUAUUUAUUUGAACUCUGUUGCUCAUGGUGAUAUCAAGGGUUGCAGAACUGUGGAAACGCUCUUGAUAGGCCUAUACAAUUUGGAAGUAGUAGAUAAAUCUGGUAAUCCUACAUCUGUGUCCUUUAGAUUACCAUCUUUGGCUAUGCCUUCAAUAUAUCAUGAGCCAAUGACAUUAGCUCCAGCAUCUCUCACAGAGAGUGCAGUUCGUCGUUUUGAAGAGUGCAACACAAAGCUUGUCAGUUGGGGACCAUUACAACAAGUUGAAACUUUGAAUGCCCAAAAUCGUUUGAAAGUCAUGACUGCUCUUUUAUUUGUGUACAAUCAACAGCUUGGCUACAUGGAUAAGUCUGCCUUGGAGCAACUAUGUAAAGUUGCAACCAAGCUUGUGACGCAAGGAUUUAUGAAACCAGGCCAUCAUCAACGAUCGUCCUAUGGCAGUGAAUCUAGCUUCGUACCAAGACUGUUACCACGCAUUCCAGUCUCCACACAAUUUCUUCUAGAGUUUCUUCAUGCUAUUUAUUUUGCUAUGUACAACGAAUGCUGGUACAUAGCAAACCAAGCAGUGGAUGAUAUUCACACAAGAGCGUGCUACGAAGGAUAUCCUGAUGUUAUGCUAGUUACAAACGCUAUUAGAAAUUCUAGCAGCUCCAGUUCUUCUGGUCAACCGCCGGGAGACGUACCUAUGGGUAUUAGUGUUGCCUUAUCUCCAGCUACGGCAACGGUGACGGUGUCCAAGUCAAUGAUAACGAAUGCCUCUUUCCGCACGAAGAAAUUACCAGAUGAUAUUCCCAUCCAAGUGGCGAAGGAAGACGCGACAGGGGAAGGCAAAGGUAACCUCGUAUCUAUAACAGAAGAACAGGAAUCUGCGGAUCCAAGUCGAGCAGGAUCGGUACGUCAAACGAAGGACCCUAAGGCGACGUCGAAGAUAGGAAACUUUCCAGGAUUGGGUAAGAAGCCUAAGGAAAAGGAAAGUAAGUCCGCGAAGAAUGGAUACGUCACGUCCGGUGAUAAAGAAAAGAAAGCAGGCUCGCAAGCUUCUUCGAAGGAGAACAUCAAAGGUAGUCGAUCCAUGCUGAACAGCGAUCAGCCAUCCUCGACACCGUCGGCGUCAGUGGUGCUAGAACUCAUAGACGGCGUUAGUACUAACAAUACUACAGGAGUCAACGGCGCCAGAAAAAAGGCUGUCGUCGAUUCAAAUUCCGUUGUGGUGGAUUCCAGCACGGCACUCCUAGAAGGUGAGAGACUUGCUCUCACCGCUGAGACCAACGACGGCACCCUGGAGACUUCUAUUACUUUGAGAACGCACAAUGAGUCUGAGCCCCUCGCGUCUUCCGUGCAAGUUAGUUCGGUUUAAGGCAGCAGAAUUGUUGAUAAAUUAUCAUCCCUCUGAUAAUCCUAACGUUCAGAUGGAUGCAAAUAAGAACAAAAAUGUGGAGUGAUUUUUCCCACCUCUAUUAACUGAUUAGGAUCUCGUGAGACCGAACAAAAUUUUUAUUAUCGUGUUGGUUGGCCUUUUAUCUUCCCCAAAAUUGUUAUCUUUUUUUGCUCAACAUUCAAUUCCCGAGAUACGUAAUCAUCUUGGACUCUUAUCGGAAUUCUCUUUAAUCUGAACUCCCUUAAGAUAUCACUGCCACCAGUCUGAAAUUGGAUUUGGUAAAGGUUCUGUGUUUCCACCGGGUUAAAUCUCGUUGAACUUCAAGACCAAGAGGUCAAGAAUAUCAGUUAUACGAAUGACCACAACUCGUCGUACGGAUCGAUCCAGAGAUAAUCUAUUGAUACUGCUCUGUCCUUCAUUAAAUGGAUACUAUUGUUGUUACACUGAGCAACCAUUACACAAAUGCAAUACACGUUACACUGUCUCGCCCGAAACGAAAGAAAGCGAGAAUUAUUACAAACGAGUUAUAUCGUCCAUGUAUACAUCCUCGUAUAAAUGUUGUACAUUUCUCUGUUAGCCAUUGUAGCUAUUCUGUCGGGUUUCUACGACUGUUCGAAUUGUAUUAAUAUGUAUAUAAUGAUAAGGGACACAAAGGACAUUGAUAGACACUGCUGUAGAUUUAAUUGUGACAGGACCCGACGUCUUUCUUCGAGAGAAAAAUUGGAUCUCGAAGAGCAACGAACGUAAUUAAAAGUUCGUUUAUGGAUCUCGUGAAUUUAAAUGAAUCUUUGACAUUACGUACUUCGCUCGUUCUAUUAACUAAGACUUUUUUUUUCUUCGAACCAAGUAAAAAAAAAGGGCCCAGUCAUGAUAUACGGGACCUUUGAAAAUCCAAUGUACCGUAGUUUUAUAAUUGUUUGGUGCCUGGCCUCUGUUACUAUACGUAUAUAAAAGCAUGUACAAUGGUAUACAUACGCAUAUACAUAAUGUAAAGAUGUAAAAAUACUGUUAACGACGUACGGUUAAGCAAUAAAUUAUUGUAAUCUAUUA